UGUUGUGUAUCCAGUACAGAUAGACUCAGUCAGUCUGGAACUUCCAAGGCUGUUGUUGUUUGACCAUGGCUGGUGUUCAGACUGAGAUGGCCCUGUGUUUUCGUCCUUGGAUGGGGUCCCGCCGCAUAUUUGGACGACUCGGAUGCAACUCGCUCAUGGCUGACUGGUGGUCAGACAGGACUCCCCUCCACGAUGCCGCAUGUCAGGGUAGACUGCUGAACCUCCGAACUCUGCUCUCACAGGGGUACUGUGUGGACACGCUGACCAUGGACAGAGUCUCUCCCCUCCACGAAGCAUGUCUGGGUGGACACUACGCUUGCGUCAAGUUCCUCCUGGAGAGUGGGGCCAACGCGGAGGCGGUCACUGCUGACGGAGACACGCCACUGUCCAGUGCCUGCAGCAGUGGCAGCGCUGCGUGUGUGAGGCUGGUCCUGCAGUACAGCCCCGUCCUCCACUUCUCACACCAGUUGGCAUCACCCAUCCAUGAGGCGGCCAGAAAAGGCCACAGCGAGUGUGUGGAAGUGCUUCUGACUCACGGGGCCCACAUAGACCUGCAGCUUCCUGAGCAGGGUACCCCACUGUACUCAGCCUGCUUGGCCCGGUCCGCAGAAUGUGUGGAGAGGCUGCUGUACUUAGGUGCUGAUGUCCAGUUGGGGUGUGGCCCAGACUCACCGUUACAUGUGGCAGUGCGAGAAGGUGGCGUGAGAGUGGUGGAGCUUCUGAUGGACUACGGGGCUGAUGGGAGUUGUAGGAACGCAGACAGGAAGACCCCGUUGGACCUUGCGGCAGCCAACAGCCCUGUCAGAACGACACUGCUGAGCAGAGGUCCCUGUUCUCUGGCCCAGGCAUGCCGGGUCUCUAUUCGUCGGCGUUUGGGUGGGAGUCGUCUCCAUGGCGCCUCUGGCCUCUUCCUCCCCCUCAGACUCCAGGCCUUCCUCCUCUACCAGUGACCCACCCUCGAGUGCUCCUCAACCACAGAGCCCCUCCCACAACCACAGUUGGUGGCGAUUCUUGAUCGUCAGUCCAUUGUUGGUGGUCAUGUAACUCACGUCACAUUCAUGAUUAUGAUCAAGAUGGUAAUAAUGAUUUUUAUGGUAAUGAUGUUUUGCAUCUUUCAAUUCAGAGAAAUUACGUUAUUAACGGUCAUAAUUCAUAUUUGUACAUUUUGUCCAUACCAAUUGUAUUUAUAACCCCUACAUGAUCCGACUUUUCCUGUUUCUACUGUAUUAUAUCAUACACAUAUUCAAACAAUGUACAAAUAAAAAGGUUCUCAAAUAGAAUUUCUUAUUCAAUCGUAAAUAUUAAUGCCUUUCUUUAGCACAACCCCCAAAUGUAGUGGUGAAUGAAAGAAUGUUCAGUUCGCACUUGAGAGAGAGCUUAAAGCGAUGCACAGAGUAUUUGAUGUCUCAAAGUGAUUCUUUUUGAGUUUGCCAGAAGAGACUGGGCAACUGAACAGCCUGACACACCACCAUUACAAACAGACAUGUACUUGUGGGUGCUUGUAUGUAAGUAAAUGAUCUUGUUCCAUCUAAAAUAAGGAUCUCAUUCUGUAGCCAACCCAGCACAAUAUACCACUAUAUAAAUCAGACUACAAAGCUGAGUGUUAGGUAGAGUGUGGAGAUUUCAGGGUUUAGGGUUAGAUGCAGGGUUAGGUCAUGCAAAAACAUGCGGGUACACACACCCACAAGAUUGAAGCCAUCCGUGUUUACUUAUAGGGCUCCAUAUUUUCACAAUGGGACAUGUUUCAGAUAGUGACGGGGAAAGUCCUGAUUCUGGACCUGAUUUGAUGGCGUUGAUAACUCAUCUCGAGUUAACUGAAAGAUGCAUUUUGACCCAUUGCUGCCAUCAAGUGGGUGUGCAGUGCUACUGCAAUCUGCUUUAUCCACGAUCCUUUUGACCCUGUAUGUGUGCUUAGUGGCACAUUUCACUAUUGCUCUGGAUGAACACCAACAGGAAACUGGGUCAACAGCAAGUAGGGCAAUGCUUUUGUACUUAUAACACACACACAACAAAAGUACAAAAUACUAUUAAACAGGUGUUUGGUUAACUCUUUUUAUAUCACCAGCUUGGUAGUGGAAUCAUACAAAGACAAUAAAGAAUGCAAUCACAGGACAAUAAGGUAGGACUACUCAUACACACAGCUAAAGGAAAAUACAGAACAGUCUAGAGCCGGAUAAUGAAGGAAUCUGAUCAGGAUGAAGGAAUCUGAUGAGGAUCUUACAGUAAACAGGAAGUAAUCAGGUUAUCUGAAUCCCCUUAGAUAGCAUACUGUACUGUGUCUGGAACUGACAAACCCUGCAUUUUGAACAAUCAGAUGUUCCGGAACGAGCAGAGACCCUGUCCUACUCAGUUGCGUCUGUUGCAGUUCGGGGCACUGUAGUUCAAGGACACAGAUAUGAGCCACGUCACAUGAUCGUUCCCACCCUCUUACAACCUAUCAUAUUUCACCAAAACACAGCCCCCACUCCUCUCCCUUCGUGAUACCAGUGGUGAACCACGUCGUGAGACCCCGCUUCCACAGGGCUGUGAGGGCAGGAGACUGGAGAGAGGUGGAGGGAGUAGGAGAGGAGGCGUUGCUAUUUCUAACGCGGGAACAUCGAAGCCAGGCAGCGGGGGAGAGCGAGGUCCACCCGUGUGGCGACCACAGAGAGAGGCAGAGCAGCACAGCAAUCACAACGUUACGUCACACCAAGCUUCACUGCAGGUGGGAGGGGGGGGGGGGAGUCGUUUA